AUGGCGAUGCCUUAUGACCUUCAUUUGUUGACUUUUAUUUCUUCUUCAUGUUCUCUGGCCAGUCCACCACUCCUUGCGGCGGUCCACGAAGACCCUCCCAAGAAACCAAAACGGAACAAAUAUGCCUUAGCCUGCUCCAUGUUGGCCUCCAUGACUUCCGUUUUACUUGGCUAUGACAUAGGAGUGAUGAGUGGAGCAUCAAUUUAUAUAAAGAAGGAUCUGGACGUCUCCGACGUGCAGGUGGAGCUCCUCAUCGGAACUAUCAACAUCUACUCGCUCGUCGGAUCCGCCUUGGCGGGGCGGACCUCCGACUGGAUUGGCCGCCGCUACACCAUCGUCUUGGCGGGUGGCAUUUUCUUCGUCGGCGCACUCUUGAUGGGCUUCGCCACCGGCUUCUCUUUCCUUAUGGUGGGUCGCUUUGUCGCCGGAAUUGGCGUCGGAUACGCCCUGAUGAUCGCUCCGGUGUACACCGCCGAGGUGGCGCCCGCCUCCAUCCGCGGCUUCCUCACUUCCUUCCCUGAAGUAUUCAUCAAUUUUGGUGUUUUACUUGGAUUCGUUGCAAAUUACUCUUUUGCAAGGCUUCCAUUACACUUGGGAUGGCGAUUGAUGUUGGGAGUAGGUUUAGUUCCGGCAGCCAUAUUAGCGGUCGGCGUUCUCUCCAUGCCGGAGUCGCCGCGGUGGCUGGUGAUGCAGGGCCGCCUCCGAGACGCCAAGAAAGUUUUGGACAAAACUUCUGAUUCCUGGGAAGAAUCCCAACAGAGAUUAGCGGAUAUUAAAGAAGCGGCGGGCAUUCCGACGGACUGCAAAGACGACGUGGUGGAAAUCAAGAAGGAGAUGAGCGGCGGCAAGGGGGUUUGGAAGGAGCUUUUCGUCCAUCCGACCCCGAAAAUCCUGCACAUUCUGUUGGCCGGCAUCCUGCACAUUUGUUAA